AUGGUUGACGAAAAGGAGUUACAAGGUGAAAAUGGUCCAGAACCACAGCCUGAUCAAGGGUUAAAAACUCCAACCGACAUUAACGCUCUUAUAGUGAAAUUGCCAACGUUUUGGGCAAGUAAUCCGCGUACUUGGUUUAUACAGGCAGAAGCACAAUUCUCGUUAGGUAAAAUCACAUCUGAUGUUAGUAAGUACAAUUACGUCGUAGCUACGUUGCCUCAAGACAUAGCCGAAUCGGUAUCGGAUAUUUUAGAGAAUCCCCCAGCGAGCGAUUUGUAUAAGAAUUUGAAAGACGAGCUUAUUGGUCGUCAUUCAUUGAGUUUGGAAAGCCGGAUAAGGAAGUUAACAUCCGAUGAAGAGAUCGGCGAUAAAAAGCCGUCUGAGUUUUUUAGGACCCUUAAGCGUUUAGCAGGCAACUGCGGUACGGUUGGUGAUGAGUUGUUGAAAAAGCUGUGGAUGGGUAGACUUCCUCAGGCGAUCAGUGUAGCUCUUAUUCCUCAAAAGGACGAUGAGAUUGGUAACUUGAUGAAAUUGGCUGACCAAGUGUGGGAAGCAAUAAAAACAGCUAACAUCUCUGCUGUCUCGCAAUAG